CACAUUCUAAUCGGUCCAACACAUCUCACACCUUAUCCAUACCCACAUCCUCUCUCGCUCACCCAAAUUGUUCUCACACAUCCCUAGCUCUUCUUCGCUUCUUCUUCUUCUGUGACAUAAUCCAUAAGCCCAAGUGUUACACCAAUAAUGGCCAUGGCAACUCAAGCCUCCCUCUUCACCCCAACCCUCACCGGCCCGAGAUCCGGCGACCGCAGCGCUCUUGCAUGGAAACAAUCCGCCUCGUCGUCUCUGUCCUUCCCGAACCCUAAGGAGCUCAAGUUCUCUCCAAGAACGACCAUAAGAGCUGCUGCGGCGGAGGGAAAAGCCGUAGCCCCUGCCAAGGAGGAGGCGCCCGUCGGGUUUACGCCGCCGGAGCUGGACCCAAACACCCCGUCUCCAAUCUUCGGUGGCAGCACCGGUGGCUUGUUACGCAAGGCACAGGUCGAGGAGUUUUACGUGAUCACUUGGGACUCGCCGAAGGAGCAGAUCUUUGAGAUGCCGACGGGCGGCGCCGCCAUCAUGCGGCAAGGCCCGAACCUGCUGAAGCUGGCGAGGAAGGAGCAGUGUUUGGCUCUUGGAACGAGACUCAGGUCGAAAUACAAGAUCAAGUACCAAUUCUACAGGGUGUUCCCGAACGGGGAAGUCCAAUACCUUCACCCAAAGGACGGCGUGUACCCGGAGAAGGUGAACCCGGGUCGCCAGGGCGUGGGUCUGAACUUCAGAUCCAUCGGGAAAAAUGUUAGCCCCAUCGAGGUCAAGUUCACUGGGAAGCAACCGUACGAUCUGUGAGUCACAUGCAUAUAAGAAACUGUUCCGUGUAUGUGCUGUAAACUUUAUGUUAUUGUUAUCUGAGAGAUUACUUUGCAAACUCUUGUAAUUUAUUUUACCUGUCCUCAUUUUACAA